AUGGAGGGCAACGAAGGCAGUAAUAUAAGCUACGAAUCCCUCAAUGUGUGGACUCACUUGCUGGCGGCUCUCGUGCUUGUACGCCGGUGGUGGGCUAACAUAGGCACCCUGGGGUACACCUUUGCUGCAGCCUUUCUGCCUUUAUGCCUCUUUUUUGUGUCUUCGCUUACAUAUUUGUUCCUCAGUGCGGCAGCUCACCUCUUUCAAUCUCAUUCUGAGCACGCACACUAUUUCUUCUUUUUCAUGGACUACGUGGGUGUGGCUGUUUAUCAGUACGGAUGUUCCCUCGGACAUUAUUUUUACACAUCCGAGCCAGCGUGGAGAGACAGCUGCGUCGGCUCCCUGUUCCUGCCCGGCGCUGCUUUUUUGGGGUGGCUUUCCUGCGCUGGCUGUUGUUUCGCCAAGUCCAGAUAUCGGCGGCCGUAUCCCGUGGGUCGUAAAAUCUGUCAGCUGAUCCCCACCGCUCUCGCGUACGUGCUGGGCAUCAGUCCUGUGAUUCACCGGCUUUCAACUUCGACCUGGUUGGAGGAGCCCUCGCUGCCUUUCCAUGCCCUCCAGAUAGCCUCUUUCCUUUUGAGCGCCAUCUUCUUCUCUUGCCCCAUACCCGAGCGCUUCUUCCCAGGCCGCUGUGACUUUCUGGGCCAAGGUCAUCAGAUAUUUCACGUGUUUUUGUCUAUGUGCACACUGUUUCAACUUGAGGCUCUCUUCCAGGACUAUGUCAGGCAGAGGGAUACAGUGGUGGAGGCAUUUGGGGAGAGGCAGCUGUGGUGUGCCUGUAUAUCCUUCCCCGCCCUGUUCCUGUGUUGCAUUUUGACAGCACUUGUAACAAUGAGGCACAAACAGAAACAACUGCAGGGUCAGAAAGACCGUGACAGUUAAGUCGUGUGUUUGUGUGUGUGUGUGUGUGUAUAACUAGAGUCGGCAAACAAGUGAUAUGAAAACCAGCAACUAAAUGCUAAGUAUCACAACAUAGUUCCAGGCGUGUCGAUGUUAAUUUGACAUAUCCCAAAUGUUUCACAGCAGAUUCAAGGAAGAAAUAUUUGGCUUAUUGCACUGCAGACUUGCAGAAGACUCACUAAAGUUUUCCUCAAUGAAUCAUUGCUGCUGCUGCUGCUGUAGGAAUCCAAGCGGAGCGAGCUAAAAGUAACAGUGACUUUGUUGCUGUAUAAAACCAACUGCCAUAUAUGUUUGAUGAAUUUUAGAGAAUCCAUUAAAAAAAAAAUAAUAAUAAUAAUAAUAAUUCAUCAAUUGCCCACCAAAAAAAUAAAAGGUAGCAUUGGAGUUUUCCUAUUUUUUUAUUUUUUUUUUUAAGUGGGAUUUUGGACCAUGAAAAACUGGAAUGUUGUGGAGGGCCACACCAACAUGCUAACCUCAGUCGUGUUCAGUAUUAUUUGACAAAAAUAAGCAGUCAUAGCAUCACAGUGUAUAGUGGUUAGCACAUCCGCUUCACAUUUCUGAGGUUGGAGGUUCGAAUCCGGGCUGCAGCCUUCUUGUGUGGAGUUUGCAUGUUCUCGCUGUACUUGCGCGGGUUUUCUUUGAGUACUCUCAUUUCUUCCCACAUUCCAAAAAAACGUGUGGUAGGUUCAUUGAAAACUCAAAAUGGCCCUUGGGUGUGAAUGUGAGUAUGAACGUUUGUAUACGUGCGGUACAGUGGCUGAGACGGGCCACAACAAAUUUUGGUGGUAAUAAGUGCUGUUGUACUGUGUUAACUUAUAGAAGCUCUCAAGUCAAAAGCAAUUCAAUCUGGUAGACUGGUCAGCCUUGGAUAGAGUGCAAAAUAUUUAUUCAUUCAAUUUCCUAUAGGACAAAUUGUAUUUGAAAGGUCAGACUGUCAUCAUCAACUCAAAAGCAAUGUAUUGUUUGAUGUUACAAUAUGUUUAGUUUGCUGUUGUGUGGUCUUUGUCAAAAAAAAAAAAAUUCCCCCCUUGGCAUCACUAGUACCUUAUUGUGGUGACCACACACAAAAAGCCAAAGAAAUAGCUAACAUACUUGAGUGUUUAUCUUUUAGAUCAUGGGUUCCCAACCACAGGACUAAUACAACCACUUCUGAAAGAGGACAUGUCUACAUGUAACGAUAGCUUACUAUGAUGAAUGCAUUUUUGUUCAACUCAACCACAAUCGUAGUUUAAUUGUGUGUGUGUCAAUCAGACAAAUUUUUUUCUCAGUGUUCUGCACAAAUGUUCAUUACCCAAGGUUAUUAACACUUGGUUUAAUAAAACGCAAUGUGGCAAAA